UGCUGACUGUAAUAUUAUUACGCCUGUGUCUCGAGACUCAUGGCAACUCUCUUACUUAUUUUUCUCAAGCGCAGUAACACAUUAGUAGCACUACUUUUGUAUUUUGAUAUUUUUUCAUUUUUGUUAUUCAGUCAGUCGACAGGAAACUAUCAUUGAAGUAGAAACAGAAAUAAAUAAAGUUUUCUCGAUUCAUGUGAAGAAUAAGAAUCAGAAUAUUGUCAAUAAGUUUAGAAUAUUCAGUAAUAAAUAGAAGUGAUUAAUUAACUGUACUGUUGUUAACUAUAAUUUUAGUGCUAAACAUUUAAGUGUAAUUUAUAUUAAAAGUGACAAUAAAUUUGUGAUCACUUAAAAUAAAUUUUUGUGUAUUUAAAUUGACUGAAAUCCUGGAAUUUAUCCACGGCAUAACACUAUAUAUAAAUAGAUAGACAAACGAUAGAAUUUGUUAUAAGCAACGCGCGACUGAUUGCUUUAUGUUAAUUUCGCAAGAAAAAAUAAAAAAGAUCUACAUAGAUUUAGUUAAAACUAUUUUUAUUGUGAUAUUUUACGUAAGCUUUUCGUUCCUUUCAAUCAUUUGUUGUGCUAUUAUUUCACAAUAUGAUAAAAUGAUUCAUUUACUACUUGAAAAAUAAAUAUUUUUUAUCGGUAGUUUAAUGAUCAUGAGGUAAUUAAAGUAUCAUUUAGUCCAGACCAAGUGGGGACAGUAUAGCAAUCCAGCUAUAUUAAAUACCAUCACUUCAACUCGACUUCACAGUUGACAUGGUUUGACCAUAAACUCUAAUUAGAAAAUCAGUCUCAGUUUGUUGGCAUCCGGGGUGAUAAUUGUCAUCAUAAAAUAAUAGUCAAAUUAUACACUAAGUGUUUGUCAGUUUCAAGAAGUCUAUUGUACCUUACAAACACGAUGUAUAAAAUCAAAGACAUGAAUGACCUUAAUGAAAAACUUCAAACAAAUGGAAAUAAACUUGUUGUAAUAGAUUUUAUGGCUCCUUGGUGUGCCCCUUGUACGCGGAUUGGUCCAAAACUAGAAGAGAUGGCGAUCGCAAUGAAAGAUUUUCUUGUCGUUUACAAAGUGAAUGUUGACGAAUGCGAGGAUAUUGCUACAGAGUACAAUAUCAAUUCGAUGCCAACAUUUGUUUUCAUAAAAAAUAACAAAAAGCUUGAUGAGUUGAACGGUGAUAAUGUCGAAAAAUUAAGGAAUACAAUUCUUAAACUCAAAUAAAAAAUUUUUCUUAAUUACGUUAAUGACCUAAAUAAAUUCAGGAAAAUUAAACUUCAAUAUAGCUAUCAAUUGUUAUCAACCAUAUCAAUUUACUAUUGAUAAUUUCUUGUCACGUUAAAAUUUUAUUGUUUGUAAACUUAUUUACGUCAGUGGAAUAAUAAUGUCUUUAUGGUCAAGAGAUACGGUAGUGUCUCGUGCGCCAAGCAUAAAUCGCCGCCAUUUAGCCCUUACGUCAC